AUGGCGAAGGCCGAAGCCCGUACCCAAGGCCGGGCCGCCUCUCAUGUCCCCGCUCCCAGUCCCACAUGGUCGCAGCGUGCGGAGGCCCUGACCCACAUCCUGACCCACCCGUCCCACGCGCCGUCGCUCCACUCGCAGCUCUUCCUCGCCUCCUGCGUCCCGUGCCCGCCGCGGGGUGUGGGCUCCACCACAUCGUACCCGCCAUUCCUCUGUCCCGGCGCCUCGCUCCUCCGCUGGGCUCUCGUCUCCAUCUUCCUCCCGCGCGUGGCGCGCCUCUGCCUCCCGCCCUCGUCCUGGCGGUCCCGGUGCCCCUUCCAGCUCCCGCCGCCGCUCGUGCCCUCCGCGGCCAUCGAGCCGGCGCCCGAGCGGUGGGCCGAUGCCGAGCUCAGGGACUACGCGCGCCGGCGGCGGGCGCGGAGGGGGCCACUGUCGGUGCGGCCGCCGGUGUCCGUGACGGGAGCGGUGCUCUGCACCGUGCCCAACGUCGUGAUCGUCGUGGCCUUCGUAAGGGAGUACUUCUGGGUCGACAGGCCCAACCGCAUCUGA